AUGCUGCUCCAUAACAGGAAGGAAUGGUUCAAGGCGGUGCUCAACCAUGACCUUCUUAAUGUGGAAGAGUCACUUUCGGUCUAUAAAAAGUCCAGAGAUGGCGGGGGAGAGACGGCACUAAUGGCUGCAGCACGCACCAAUGACGCCGCGAUGGUUAAGCUUCUAGUCCACGAAGAGUCUCGAAUGACCUCCCCAGAAGGCCAGACGGCGCUCAUGUUGGCUGCUGCGCGGGACUUUUACGAGGUUUGCGCCAUACUAGGACCUUAUGAAGCUGAUGUCCGAACAGCUGACGGCCGCACUGCUCUAAUGAUAGCAGCGAUAUCAGGGAGCACUGAAGCUAUGAGGGCCAUCAUUCAGGAGUCAGAGGUUGAUCGAGACAACGCAGGGCUCACUGCUUUGGACCAUGCAGUUCUCAAUAGCGAGCUGGAGGCAGUAAAGCUCCUUUGUGCCCAACUCAAACACACGCAAGAAGACUUUCAUUCGGCCAUAUCCAAAGCGACCCAGGCAGGGGAGGAAGACAUGACUAAAUAUUUGCAGAGCGCUCUCGCGGACCUUCUUGACCAGCAGAUGAAGCCCAAAGUAAGAUUUUCUACAGAUGUCGAGGACCCUGAAGGACAUUUUUCUACAGAUAGAUGUGCCAACUGUAGGACGUAUCGAGGACAGAUCUCAUCCCUUCAGGAAGAAAUUUCAACGCUGAGACAUGAGAAUAAGAAGCUCUUGGCGAAGGUUGAGAUGUUGGACACACAGCUCCAGGAAACGCAAAAGUAUGACAAGGAGCACCAGGCCUCGCUAACGAAUAAGUGCAACUCCCUCGAGGAUGAGCUAAACAAGAUGCAUGAGAAGUACCGCGUGUCCCUAGAAGAAAAUAGCCGCAUAAAGUUGGAGUUGGCCAAGUCCGACUCAACGUAUGAACGGCGGAAAGACGCCGACACGAUCGAGCAGCUCCAGCAACGCCUCAAUAGCAAGAGUCACGAGUGUGCCUCUCUACGCGAACAGCUUACAGAGAUUCAGCAGCAGCGAGAGCGAGAAAGACAGCGAGAACAGGAUUGGUUGCACGAUCCUGGGUCUCGUUAUGAGAAUGUGAUGACAAAGGGUCCGGGAGGUAAUGGCUCGGGAUAUAAUCUAUUCAAAUACGAGUUUGACGUAGAUAAGGAUAGCUUAAUGCCUAGCCUUUUGCCGCCGCACGCAACUGGUGGGGUUAAGCGGCCUGCGAGAUCUGCUUCAACAGCUGCGGACACUAGAGGCCCCCAGGGCAGUCGAGCGAGCAGUGCAUCUCAGCCAUCAAGAACCUCAAGUGUGCGAGCCAGCAGUCGUAUUUCAGAUAGCCGAGCCCUUGAUACUUCAAAAAGACCUGCCUCAGUCACAAGGCGCGAAAGUACCGCACCUGCACCGGGGAUGAGAGCAGGAUCCACUCGUCCUUCCAAGUCGGCUGUCCGUGGAACAAGUGGAACGCCCACACUCAGCACACACACUAGUCCUGGGAUUUCAGGUCGGUCUGCCAGCCAGCGUCCACGGACUAGCUCAGCAGCAGAAGGUCGAAGAGGGCCCAACGCCAUGGGAUCGAGAACGGGCACAAGUAGCAUGGGCUUGAGCAGUUUGAAUCCAGAAAGCAAAUCUGAGUUUGUCAUGUCUGAGAAGAUGCCCUCCCCUAUAAGAAAGAGGGGGACUUUGGGUAAUAUUACUCGAUUCAUGACACAUAUGGAUACAACAAUAGCUCUAGAUGCCCGAGGUAGGCAUCAGCCUCCUCAGAGUCAGUCGGGUCAGAAAACAGAGCUAAUGAUAGCAGCUGAAAGCAAUGACAUAGUUUCUGUCUGGCACAGAAUGAACACUCAGGCGGGGAUACGAGACCAUAGCGGGUCGACUGCGCUAAUGUAUGCCGUGCAGGCUGGGAACAGUGCAGUUGCACGCGUCUUGGCUGAAAAGGAAGGAGGAAUUCAAAGACACGAUGGAUCGACGGCUCUGAUGGAUGCUGCCUGUAUAGGGAAUGUAGAUUGCGUGCGGGCCCUGUUGAGCAGAGAGGCGGGGAUGCAGCGAUACGACGGGUGGACCGCUCUGAUGACAGCCUCCAGCAACAAUAAGCCAGAAAUUGUUCAACUCCUUGUUGACCGGGAGGCAGGACUAUGCACCAAUAGCAAGUUUACUGCGGGUGCUGGGCUCACUGCUCUCAUGGCAGCCUCCAUUGAGGGACAUCUGGAAAUCGUUCACCUCCUAGUCCACAUGGAAAACUCUAUGCGCCAUUCAAGCGGAAAAUCUGCUGCCGACUUUGCAAAGAACGACGCGAUACUGAACUUGCUUAAACGCUUUUGA